AUGUCUCUCCAUGAGUCGCUCGAGGCCCCCGAUGGUUCUGCCUUGACCUGGAUCCUCGACCACUGCGCUCGCUACCCCGGAUCGUAUGAAAUUCCUCUCCGAACUAUGUAUGCCAUCAACAGCAACCCCGCAAAACCCGUGACUGGCAACCGUGCACCCGAUAUGUUCAUCCGCAAUUCCACUUCCACCAAGUCAUCUCGCUCGUCGCAGGAUGAUUCAUUCGACUCAGCCACCGACCUGCGAGCGCAAUUGACCCACCAAAUCUCUCGCCUGCCCUCGCAGCCAUGCUCGCUUCCUCCCUCUUUCAUCACUUCUUUCCUGCGCCGCUGCUUCACUCUGGAGCUCGAGAAGGUUGAUUUCCCCCAGGCUCUGACCGCGCUGGAUUACCUGAAGGAUCUGGAGACCCGCUGGAAGAAGGAAAUGGCUGCCGCUCUGCAGCGAUUGAACAUCCGACCGGAGGAUGCCAACCAAAAGGAACUGGCACGCAAAUAUCCCGGUGUGAUGAAGUGGAUCGAUAUGAUCCACCUCAAGGGGCGUCGUCUGGAGGUCCUGUACACCCAGGUCUAUAUUGGCUUGCGCCGAUUCUGCCUCAUCAACGAAAUGAUGUUGGAUCCCUACAACAAGGCCAACUGCAUUGCCCUGCUCAACACCUUGUUCCCGCCCAUCACUGAAGCCACUGUCGCUCCGACUCCUCAAUUGACUCCUCGCCUUCUCCGGGCACAGCGCGAUGGUUUCUUCAGCUACAUCACGGCAGUGGAGACCCGGGGCAAGGAUGUUCUGUUCCCCAUCCUCCGCCAGGGUGCGCCCGAGGGUGACAUGUCUUCGUGGCCGUUGAUUCAUGAUGUAAUGAGCCGGUACCUGGCCUUGGCCAACGACAUCAUCGACGAGUGUGUGCUGGUCAAUGAACCCAUCCCUCAGGAGAAGGAUGCCUCGCACCACAGCCACAAGGGCCGCAAGGUGGACUCGGGCAUUAGCUUUGGUUCGACCGGCACCGACCGAACUAGCUCUGAGGAUGUGGCUGAAAAGCCCCUGCCCCAGUUCCCCGCCCCCAAGAGUGGUUGGGCCAAGGGUGGUUCGGCCCUGGAACGUCUGGCCCGUGAGAUCCGCAAGCUGGGUGAUGGCGCCAAAUCCAAGAACCUCAAGAAGAUGAAGUCCACUCCUGUUCUGCAGCGACCGGGUAGCCACCACAGCUACACUGAGAGCUCGUUCUUUGAAAUUGAUGAGCAGAAGCGCCGCCGCUUGAUCGGAGAGGCUACCAGCCGCAAGAACUCGCAGUCUCAGGGUUCCACCGCUGGUUCCCAGUAG